AUGGCCCUUAUCGAAACCUCCCUCAUCUGGGUCGCCUACGCAGUCUGUCUGGGGAUCCUCUUCUUCAUAUCCGCCAUCUUCGUCUUUGUCUACCAGAAACCCGGCGAGCGCACCAUUGGGGUGACGAUAAUAUGCUGGCUCACGGUCCUUGCGCUGCUCGCAACCGUGCUGCUGAUGCCAGUGGACGUUGCGCUGGUAUCAUCGACUACGAAUCGCAAGUUGGGCAGAAAGAAGGAUUGGGCCACACCUGACAAGGUCGAUGAUACGCUCUACACCCUCAAAGUUGUUUAUUACACUCUGUACAGCUUGGACGCUGUGCUGUGCUUGCUGGUCGUGCCUUUCGCAUACUUUUACUAUGAAGAGUACGAUGAGGUGGCGACGGAGGAAGGCCAACAGACUGUAUUGGGCAGAUUAUGGGGAGCGUUUAAGUGGACGAUUGCAUUCCUCCUGCUCUGCGUGGUCCUGUUCCUCGUUGGCUUCUUCGUGCCUGUGGCCAAGAAAGCAAGAGACGAGCACAGAGACUUGGACUACUUCAAGGAUCUACUGACUGAAAAUCAUGGCGAACGUGCUUUAACCUUCGCAAUCGGUGUUCUCAUACUGAUUGGCACCAUUGUUUACUGCCUCUACACUGGUCCUGGACUUGCUCUACUCCCAGUCUCCCUCAUCAAAUCUGCACCUGGAGUAUCUGCCCCGCAGCUCGCUGAGACUACAUCCAGCCAACUUGCUCAGAACCAAGAACGACAAAGACAGCUCGAAGGACGUAGCGAAGGGCGUGAAGGAGGUCUGGAUCCUCGCGACCGCCGGGAACUUGAAGCUCUUGUUCGCGAAGAGCGAACCUUGAGACGCCGUGAACGACUGGCCGCUGAAAACACUGGCGAAGGACGCAACUUCUUCAUUCGUGCCUGGCUCAAGCUGGAGGCCAUCUUCCGACCCUUGAAGCUCAUCUUCGGCUGGCUACUAUUGAUUAUUUCGCUUAUCGUGUUCGCCAGCAUGAUCAUCACCAUGGUCGACAAGAUCAAGAAUUCGGUCUGCAAGACUUCUUGCGGUUACCUUCUCGGAAAGACGAAGAUCUUCCAGCCGGUCAACGCCCUGCUCAUCUAUACCGCCCGCGUUUUCCCGAUCGACUACAUUAUCUUCCUGUUGCUAACUCUACUCUUCUUCUGCGCCAGCGUGGUCGGAUUAGGUACAAUCGGCAUUCGCUUCCUCUGGGUUACGCUGUUCCGCAUCCGCAAGGGGCACACCACACCAAACGCUAUGCUGAUGGCCACGGUGCUUCUCACCUUGACGGUCUUCGCGCUCAACUACAGUCUGGCAAUGAUUGUCGCACCUACGUACGCUACAUUCGGUCCACAAACAUUCUGCGACAGGCCUUCGCAUACCCCAGACCUACAACCAGAUUGCAGCAAGCACCGCAAUGCGAUCAAGCCGUGCUCCGAGAGGACCGACAACCCUAUUGCCAAAAUGGUCUGCACGCCGACUGUUCUUAGCACAUUCUUGAACAGAAUCACGGCAAACUUCCCCUACUUUGGCGUCGUCGACUUCUAUGCACAAUUUGCAUUCCUGGGCAUUUUCCUCAUCGUAUUUCUCGUGACACUUUUCAGGGUGCCCAAGCUGGACGAGGACCAAAUGGAUGAGGACCUGCGUGAGGAGGAAGAGGAAGGCCUGCUCGCAAGCACAGGACGCCGAUUCGGAGCUACUUGGCAGGACAUUACAGGACGUGCCAAGGGAGUCAAGCGCGCUGAUUACGGUGCCACUGGCAGAGAUGGAGCUGCCGCUGAGGCUCAAGAAGACUGA